AAUUACUCCAUCACACCACGCGAGCACACAUGUCCCCCCAGCACUUGCUGAGACGGCCACAGUCAUUCCGAAGAUUGUUCCUGAACAGCCAGCAGCAAUUUGGCCACUUUUCCUGUAAAAGGCAGCUAGCUGCCCUUUCACCACGCCGCGGGCCAUGGCGACGUUUGCGGCUUCGGCUGCGGCUACAAGCAGCAGCAGUAGCACCUCGACUUGUCUCUUGAUGUUCCGACAUUCGCUGUCUUGUACGAGCGCCGCGGGCAGCAAGAUGAUCGGAGGGGGAGGAGGAGGGCACAAUGUGAGCAGGGCGAGCCCUUUGCAAGCCGGAAGCUCUGCCCUUGCCAUUGCCAACUCAGCAAGAGGCUGCUCAGCACGUCGCAGCAUCAUUACGAGAGUCGCAGUCGGCGGGGGAGUGGGCAGGUCGUCGGCAUCAUCAUCGAACCUGGCGAGCAUGAGCACUUGUGCGAAUGUGGGGUGGAGAUUGCGAUUGUGCAAGCUGAAUAAGGAUGUCGUACCGACAAGUUUGCAGAUCGCAAGAAACUUUUCCACGCGCACUGCAGCACAAAUUGCAUUCGCUCCUGCUGCUGCUGCUCCUGCUGCUCCUGCUGCUCCUGCUACUCCUGCUGCUUCGACAGCGCCCAGCUCCAACGUUUCCAAGGCCGGCAAGAGCAAAGGGACGAAGCGAGUCCAGCAGGUGACUUCUGCCGCCGAUGCAUCAGCCAACUCCACAUCGAUCGCAGCAGCAGCAGCAGCAGGUGGAAGAGCAACACCUGGCGUCGUACCUGCGCAGAGGGAGAUCGUCAUCUUUCGCGGACCCUCCGCGUAUAAACUUUGGAUCAGCUUCUUCGUCGCAUCCGUCAUCUUUGGGGCAGGAUUGGGCAGUGCGGUGCUGAUAUUUGAUUCUUUUCGCACCCAAUGGCCUUUCGUGCAAUUCAGAAAGCGGGAGGAUGAGAGACCUAAAGUGGCCGGUCUCGGAACUCGUGUGUUGCUCAGCGUUUGUACCUUACUUGGCACUGCACUCUUGACUUCGACGAUCAUCGUGGGAGCUGUUCGUACGGUGACGGUGCUCAAGCUUCGUCCGGAUGCGCGCCAAGUAGUGAUACGCACAGCCGCUCCCGGUUUUUGCGGCCUCAUACCUCGUUUUCUAGGCGUGGGUCCACUAGGACGCCUGCUACGCGCACGAGGUUUUCACCUCACCCGCUGUAAUAGGGAAAGGGUUGUACUGCUAGAAGAGGUGUACAGGGCGCGCAAUAGCCCUUUUGCGCCGGAGGCGAAAUUUGGAUCCUUUGGCGAUUUGAGAGUCACGCCGAAUAUGGCUUUGAAUUAUCAGUACGAAUUGGGAGGAGGCAAACUACCUACUAGGCAAGAUUACCCUUCCUCUUGGCAAUACGUCUGGCAGAGGUUUAGGUAUUCCCUUAGAGGAGAGACAGAGUGGCAGGAUAUGCCUCUGGAAGAGAGAUUCGAAAAUGUUCCCACAGCGCGCGGACCUCCCAUUGCUCGCAGAUUGGACCCCAAGGAACCUUGGUUUGCAGAUCGGACAGGCUUUCACAAUCUGUUCCCCAAGCCACCUCGAUAGCGCCGCCCAAUGUCAUUCCCUCCAUGCCACUUUCGUCACCCCGCUUGGCGAAUGCUAUUCAUGAAGGUUGCUCACGAACGA